AUGAAGAAAAAUAAACUCCUCGGCGGAAAUUGGAAGAUGAAUUCAUCGUUGCAAACCUUCGACUUGGUGAAAAACUUCAGGAAGAAUUUCUUUGAUGGAAAUGAUGCGUUCAUCGCCGUUCCAUUUCCUUAUAUCCAUAUUGCAAAGGAGAUAUUUCCGGAAUACAUCAAGGUUGGAGCACAAGACUGUAGCCAAUUCAUAAAUGGACCAUAUACAGGUGAAGUUUCUGCUUCGAUGAUAAAAGAAAUGGGUGCUGAGUAUGUAAUAGUGGGCCAUUCUGAAAGACGCAAAUGGUUUGGAGAAACGUCAACAGUCAUAUCAAAAAAGAUAAGAAAUGCCAGAAAUCAAGGCCUGAAUGUUAUUUUGUGUAUAGGAGAGGAUGAGAAAUGUAGGGAAGAUGGAGGAUAUUUGGACGCGUUAAAAGACCAGUUACUAUCAUUAAAAGAAGACAUUAGUGGAGAGGAUAUUGAUGUUGCAUAUGAGCCUGUAUGGGCAAUAGGAACAGGAAAGGUCCCCACUAAUCGGCAGAUUAGUGAAGUGAUUUCGAGUAUUAAGAAUUGGGGCAAGGAUUUAGGAUUUUACGGGCGUGUAAUAUAUGGGGGAUCUGUCUCAAUACUGAACUGUCAGACGAUUCUUGAUGUAGAGGAAGUUGAUGGAUUCUUGAUUGGUGGAACCUCACUAAAAAUGGACUUUUGCAUGAUAUCUAGUGAAAUGGGCACAAAGCAAUAG